GCUUUGUUGGAAGACCUUCAGGCCGCUGCGACGACGUUAACAAACACCAACUCAUCUUGUUUGACACAACCGACCAGUGGUCAGUACAGACCGGCAAAUCGACAGUCCCCUUCAAGCAGUUUAAAAGCCUCUUCCAUCAGCCUCUGCACAGAUAGUCCUAAAAAUACCGGUGGUCAAUACAGGUCAGUAAAUAUGCCUCUUAACCCAGGUUCGCAUACCACCACCCACACUGUAACAACGCAAAGAUACGAGUAUCAUCAUGGCGACGACAAGUCAGAUCCUAUCUACCAGAACCAUGAGAUACAGAAGGAGGUUACCAAGACAACAAUAUCGUCUACUCGACACCCACCUCAGCCCACCAGUGGUACCAACGAGCAUUUGUCGGAAUUAGAUUCGUUGUUGGAAGAUCUCAACUCUGCUCGUCUCACAUCUUCUCCAGACAAUAAAGCAUCCACUGUCAAUGGAAUAACUCCUUCAUCCACGGAUGCCUCCACUCCUAGAUAUGGGUGUAUUCGUGCGGCUACGAAACCUCCGGAGGAGGACAGGCCAACUGUGGAAAGUUUAUUGGAUGACUUGCAGAGUGUUGUGACCCCAACAUCAAAACUGUAAGUCACUAGAUAUGUGCUGAU